AUGUCUUUCUUCAACCCCCCUCCCAAGCCCGCUACCCCGCUCGCCUACCACCGCGCGCUCUCCCCCACAGCCUCUGUCAAGGUAUCUCCCAUUUGCCUCGGCGGAAUCAGCUUCGGCAACGAAUGGAGCGAGCUCUUCGGCGUAAGCGAGGACCCCUUUGCACUUCUCGAUGAGUUCUACGCACAGGGCGGGAACUUCAUCGACACGGCGAACGUGUACAACAGUGAAGAGUCAGAGAAGCAUAUUGGGGCUUGGAUGGAGGCGCGUGGGGUGCGAGACCAGAUGGUCAUCGCGACCAAGUACACGGCGCAGUACCGCAGUUGGAACCGGGAGAACGAGCCGAUGCAGAGUAACUUUGUUGGCAAUUCGGCAAAGUCGAUGUUUGUUUCUGUUAGGGAUAGUUUGCGGAAGUUGAGGACGGAUUAUAUUGAUGUGCUUUAUGUGCAUUGGUGGGACUUUCAUACCUCUGUCGAAGAAGUCAUGAUUCAUCUGCAUUCGUAUGUCAUGUCGAAGCAGGUGCUGUACCUGGGGGUUUCUGAUACGCCGGCCUGGGUGGUUGUCAAAGCCAAUGAGUUCGCCCGGAAGAACGGUCUCACCCCAUUCUCGAUCUAUCAAGGGAAAUGGAACGCGGCGUUCCGCGACAUGGAAGCCGAGAUCAUCCCCAUGUGCGAGGACCAGGGCAUGGCAGUCGUCCCCUGGGCAGCACUCGGCGGGGGACUGCUCUUGUCUUCCCAGCAGAGAAAGGAGCGCGAGGAGAAGCUCGCCGGGCAGAAGAGCUUUUACGAGAUAGGCCCGCACGAGCUUGCUGUAUCAGAGGCCUUGGAGAAGGUUGCUGCUGCAAAGGGGUCCACUGUUCAAGCUAUUGCCCUGGCAUACUUGUUCCACCAGUCGACCUAUGUGGUUCCCAUUGUUGGCGUCCAGACGACGGACCACGUCAAGGUCAUGAACGACGCAAUCACGGUCAAGCUUUCGCCUGAAGAGGUCCGGUCAAUACAAGAGGCUGCGCCGUUUAACCCUUUGUUUCCGAUGAAUUUCUUGUUCGACUGUAAGGAUGGCAAGGGAUACAGUACUCGCCUGACGCCAGCGGAUCAUGCGAUGUAUAGAAUGGGUGCUUGGAUCGAUGCGCCAGCGAAACAACCUACAUACCCAGGCUCAAAGUAA